UCCUGUUCCUCAGUGUUGUGUGCGGAUGGUGCCUUGGUGUGGAAGGUAUUGAGUCUGAGCUGCACGCUGAUUGGACGUCCUUGCUAGGGGUGUCCACCCUUUUGAUCAUUAGAUUGCAUGCUGUACUAAGCAGGAAAAGGCUUUGAACUUCUCCACUUUUGGCUCAGUGUCUUUUUUUUUUCAAUGCGCUGUUCCUCAUUCCCAGCAAGGUGCUUUGCUAAACAAGACACCUUCAGGACGAAGUAAGGAAGUAAUCUGUAUGAGAAGCUUUCUCUUCCAUUCUUCUGUCCUCUGUGUCUUUCAUCGCAGACAACAAGCCAUCCACUCACACAUUGGACCUCCAGUAGAGCUUCUGCUGCUUCUGCUGGACCUGCUGCUGGACCUGCUGCUGCUGCUGGACCUGCUGCUGGACCUCCUGGAUCUUUCAGAGUUGCAACUCCAUCAAGAAAGCCCCCAGAUCAUCGCUUCGGUGGGCAGCUGCUUUUAAACCCCUUUUCCUUGUUCCUUCUCUGAAUAUCUGGCAUGAUUAGUUAAGACUCCAUUCUUCAUUUCCAAAAGGAAGGCGAAGAGGGGGGGAGUUGGCUGUAGCUGGUCGCUGAGAUUGAACAGUACCAUGUCUAAGCCUGUUGACCAUAUCAAGAGACCCAUGAAUGCCUUCAUGGUGUGGUCCAGGGGGCAGAGAAGGAAGAUGGCCCAGGACAAUCCCAAGAUGCACAAUUCAGAGAUCAGUAAAAGACUUGGGGCCGAGUGGAAACUUCUGUCUGAAGCCGAGAAAAGACCCUACAUUGACGAAGCCAAAAGGUUGAGGGCUCAACACAUGAAGGAACACCCAGACUAUAAGUAUAGACCAAGGCGCAAGCCCAAGAACCUUUUAAAGAAGGACAGGUACGUCUUUCCACUGCCCUACCUUGGAGACCAUGACCAUCUUAAAUCAGGACUUCACAUGAGUGCCGCUGAUUCCAUUUUGGGGGUCUCAGAAAAGGCAAGGGCUUUCUUGCCACCAUCACCUUACUCUUUGCUAGACCCAAGCCAGUUUAGCUCCUCCGCUAUCCAGAAGAUGACCGAGAUGCCACAUACCUUGACCACAAGUUCCCUCAAUUACGCCUCCACCCUGGGAUACCAAAAUGGAGCCUUUGGGGGUUUAAGCUGUCCCAGCCAACACACACACACGCACCCUUCUCCCACCAACCCCGGCUAUGUGGUGCCCUGUAACUGUUCAGCAUGGUCUACAUCUAACUUGCAGCCCCCAGUUGCCUAUAUAUUGUUCCCUGGCAUGACUAAAGCUGGUUUAGACCCUUAUUCCUCUGCACACACCACAGCCAUGUAAAAAAAAGGACUUCUAGAGGAAAUAAGAACUGCAAUGGUGCAUGUACAGGUGGACUGCCAGAGGUAGGUCCUAGAACAGUGAUGGGAGAGGGAUGCUGGAGGCUUUGGACCAACUCACCUGUAAGCUCCCGGCACAACGAUGCACUUACUAUUUAUAAAAGGAACAGUCCAGUCCUUGUCACCCUCAAGCCAUGCGGAUAAGCUGGAAGUUAUUGUCAGGACAAAUUGUAAGAAUCGUACAAAUUCAUCCUUUCUUUUUUUAUUUGUAGCUAUUAUCCAGUUUGGACAGUACUUUUUAAUUUAUUGAAAUGUUAUGUCUAUUUGAGUUUGCCUUUUAUUUGAGCUGUGAUUCUGACCUCGAAUUUUGAAGGAACUGAUAUUAAAUUAUUUCAGAAAAUAAGAAUAAUUAGUAUUAUUGCCAACCUGACCCGUUUUGCACACUUUUAUUUGCUGUCGACUGAGUGGGAUCUGUGUUUAGAUAUGUCACCCCGAAAUUUGCAUUGUUUUCUUUCUGGAGAGUUUAGCGCUCAGCGCUCUAUUACUAAAAGGAAUAACCUGUCAAUGUGUCCCUAUAUUUACCCCCCCCCCCCAAAAAAAA